CGCUUGGAGCGGCCGUAGGGGGGCCUGCUCCCGUCCCCCGAGCUGUCCUGAUCGGGUCGCCCUUGCUCAGGGCGGCCACACGGGACAGCCUCUCCUCAGCCAGAGGACAGGGAUGGGUCUGUCCUCGAGUGGCAUCGCGCUCCCCGCGGGCCGUCCCUCCCGCCUGUGGAUCCGCGAUACCUCUGGAUGGCAGCUAUGCCCAGCCGGGGCAAGGCCUGGCAGGCCGGGCCCCGCUAGGACGAGGAGCGUCGGUGGCUUCUGAGCUGUUUGGAAAUCCCCUCAGACAGUUCUUUACUUUUCAGGCCUUUGCACUGAAGCCGAGUGAAGAACCUCACAAUUGCGCUGCACAGCACUUAGCUCUGAUUUCUCUGGCAGCCAAACACCUCUGUCACUGAGACCUCGAGGGCUCUUUUUCCCUUCCCUGCCCAUAUCUUCUCUGUCUGUGCUUGGAAGCUGGUGCCCAGCAGUAGCUCUAUCUCCCUGUCCAUCCUGCUGGACCACUCCCCACCAUGUUUCAGCGUCUCACCAGCCUCUUCUUCAGUGACAGCAACACGCCAGAGGGCCUGGAGGAGCCCAAACCCUUUGUCGAGGAAGAGGAGGAGGAGGAUGGCUGGCUCAUAAUUGAUCUUGCAGGCAGCCGUGCCCGCCCCGGCCCCGCCCGGCGCCCGGGUGCUGGCGGUACCGGGCGCUCGGUGCGACCCCGCCCGACACCUCCCGGUCCGCCACCGCCGCCGGCCGCUUCCCCGGCUCCGGCCGGUCCCUGCUUGAUGGACGAGAGUUGGUUUGUCACCCCUCCCCCCUGUUUUACUGCAGAGGAGCCCGGCCCCGACGGCGUGGGGAGCAGCCCCAUGGAGGACCUGCUCAUCGAGCACCCCAGCAUGUCCGUCUACGUGACCAGCACCCUCGAGGUGGAUGGGGAGGGCCCCGAGGACGAUGCUGCAGAGGACGUUCCGGAGCCGCGGCCGGAGCCGCCGGCGUUGCAGCACAGCCGGGCGCUGGCGGCGAAGGCGGCGGCGCUGGACAAGGCGGGGCAGGCGCAGCGGGCGCAGCGGGCCAAGCAGUGUGCGGAGCGGCACCGCCUGGGCCAGAAGGCGCUGCAGCGGCAGAACCGGGCCCGGCAGCGCCCGCCCCGCCGCGCCAAGCAGCUCCCGGGCGCCUUCGUCCACCAGCCCUGCCAGCGCCACUGCAACUACUGACCUCGCUCCGCUGCCCGGGGGCUCCUCCCGGCCGGCCCCGGCCCCGGCCCCGGGAGCGCGGCCCCCGCGGACAUCGGGGACCCGGCGGCGGCUUCGCUCCGCGCCCCGCGCCCGCACGCCUGGCCCGCACUCCGCAUCUUCCUCACCUCGCCCCUCACCUCGCCCCUCGCCCUCGAUGCCGUCUGGGCCGCGACCCCCGGAGCCGCCGGCGUGGAAGGCCGCGCCAGCCCUCCCCGGCAGCCUCGACGGCCUUCGCUUGGGAAAUCGGUGUUCCCAGUGAAAUCCUGAAAUCCGCCUGUUCCCGGUGAAACCUGUUUGUCCUGACAAGCCUGUGACAUCAGUGCCUUUCCUCACAUCAUGACUCCGUGUGCAGCCUGGCUGGGAUGUCACAGAGACGCCGAGCAGGAAUGACAGGAGCAAUGAAGCCACAAGAUUUUAGGAAAAUCUCAUCGAUGACACUAAAUAAUGCUUCUGCCCUGCAAAACCAGCAAAUACUCUACUCCCUCCUUGAUUUAUUAGCUACAUUUUUACCGUGAUAAGAUAACCCCCCCACUGCCAGUCCCGAGAGGGCUUGUGGUUGAAAGCGCCGGUGGAAUCUCCGUGGCCGGGUCAGCCAGAUAGCUCCUGGUGCCUCAUGGUGUUUUUUUAAAAUCAACCUUAAAAGGAAUCUCAGGAAUCAAAGCACCGUCCCAGCGCCGCACCGGAGCCCUUGGUUACCGUGCCAGGAAAGGUGGCCAGCCUGGGGUGGCAUCACCGUGGCUGGUGGUCCCAUCUGAGCGAGCCCCUUCCUCCUGGAGCCAGUCACCCGCCCCACCACACCUGUAUCCCUGUGGAUACGCCUGUAUAUGUGUGUGUAUAUAUUUCUCUCUGUACCUUGCACUCAGAAGAGGCACUGUUAAGCCGAGGAGUUUUGUCUGCCUGGUGUCACUCCCCAGGAGGGGAGAGGAGGCAGCGAUCUGCACAGCUUCCCUGAGGUGGUCAAAGCACGUCCGUGGUGGUGAAGAGAUGCUGAAGAGGAGGCCAGAGGGAAGAGGCUGAAGUAAGGACAGUGAUGGAUCUGGGAGUCACUGCAAUGUGUCAGGAUGGGGGAGGCCUGAGUGGGAGGAUUGCUGCAACAGGAGCUGUAACAGAAGCAUCUUCUUUCCCCCCUAAAAAUGGCAUCCUUUCCCAUGAAGAGCCAAAUUCCACUGCUAGGUGAUGCUAAUUUUUAAUGCAAAUCCCUCCUCUCUCUGUGAUAGACUCCUUCUGCCUUUGGAAGAACACGGUCCAGGCUUUUCACUGACUCCAGCACCAGCUCCAAAUCCAGCAGAAAUUUGCUGAUCUGCCCCCAGUUCACUCCUUUUAGGAACUGGUUUUGGACCCUGUGCUCUGGGAAAGCAUCUUGCUUGUGGCCAGCUCACAGCCUGGAUUCCCACCCUCUGAGACAAGAAAUACCCCCACAACACUCUAGAAAAUUCUGAUUUCACCGGAGGUUCUUCCACUCACCAUGUUGCAUCCCUUAAUAUCAGCCGGGGACCUGUGGUGAGCCCAAGCUGAGACAGCUGAUAGUUAUUAAUUCUUUUAAUGAGAUUAAAGCCAAAAUGAACCUUCUUAGUAGCAACAGCCCCUAGCUCUGGGCCAGGGAGCCUGGUCUGCAGUAUCCAGCUGCUGCUGCUCAGCUGCAGCAUUUCCCCUUCACUCCACUGCCUCGGCACUCCCAAAAGCACAGAGUGGGGAACUCCGUGCCCUCGGCAUUGCCCCAUCCUCCUUGGGCCUUGUGGCAACCUCUGUCCCUCACCAAGCCUGAGACCACACUGAGAUCACCCUGUUCCGUCCCUGGUGUCUUCUUGGUGAAGAGACUGACAUCUCCUGACUCCAGGAGAGCGUUUACAUCCUUUGACUUCCUGGGCUUCACACUCAAUGCCUUUUUUUUCCCCUGCAGUGAUGCCUGGGAUGGACUGGGAGCAGGGCAUGUGCAGGGACACUGGCACAGAUGCUGGGACAGCAGGUAGGGGCUGAGCCUGAGCUUUCCCAGGUGUCUGAUGAGGUGCUGCCUUCCCAUCCUGCUCUUCCCGUGCCCCUGGAAGCAGCAUUGCAGGAAGUGUUUUCUCUCCAGCCCCAACACACAUCAAGAAGUGGAGAGGCCGAGCACUGUCCAGCCCCCAGCUUGGUCUCCACUACAAAUUCUCCUCCUGCACAUCUGAGUUGCUUCCAGUCCCUCCUGAGCACUCCAGAAAUCCGAGGCUGGCUGUGACCCCAUUGCCCCCUCUGCAGCUCCUAGAGGAACAGGCUAGGGGGACCAGUGGCCCCGAGGCAGAUCCUGCCAUGUCUCACCUGCCAGGCUCUCCUGUGCCUGCCCAACUGCUGGAAAUGGCACCCCAGGAGAAAUCCCUCCUGGAAAUCCUCCUGUGCUCCCUUCUCAUCUGCUGUGAGCCAGAAGCCCUUUGGCCGUGUUCCUGGGGGACUUGUCUCAGCCUGGUACUGUCACCAGCCCCCAGUGCCCACUUCAAACAGGUGAUCUUCUUCCUCUGUCCUGGUUUUCAGAAGCAAAUUCAAACUCUUUCCGUGCCAGUCUGAGAUGUCUUUCAUCACUCUGUGCCCAGCCAGCGCAGGAGUUGCAGCAGAACUAUUAUCACACUUUAUAUCCAGAGUAUGUUUGUAAAGCAUUAAUAAAUUAUUAAUAAUGUUUUCAUGAAGAGAUUAAUCCAGACCUUGAGCCUCUGGUGGGUCACACCACAGCAAAUGAGCUCCUGGAAAUCCCCUCUGUUGUUUGCACUCUUGCCAUGUAUUAACACCUAACACGAAUCUUGCAAGGCGACUGUCGCCGCCAGUGUGACCCACCCUCCCUGUGCUCCAGCCCAGCUGUGCUUUGCAGAAGACUUGCAGUGUUCUGCUCCUGCCCAGCAGCAAGCACAAGGCCUGGCCUGGUCCCAGGCCUCCUGCCCAGUGCUGCCAGAGCAAGAAAAACCCCUUUUCACUGAGGUUCUUUGUCUCCUCAAAUCUUAAAACAAAUGAAAGGUGCUUAAAACCAGAACUUCCUGUGUGUGCACCCAUUUGCAUGUGUAGAUAUUUCACAGCCCAGUUUGGGUGUUAAGUAGCUUGUUUUGGGGUUGAAUUUUUUUAGGGGUUCUUUGGGGGUUUUUUUGCACCCAGUAUUUGUGAUGGGCUGUGUGGUGCUUCCGAUGGGAAGAUUCUGGUUUGCAGGGAGCUCUUGGGCUGGUCCUGCUGGAACAGGUGGGGUGAAUUUUGCUUUCUUUUCUGUGCUUGUGUCGGGGGGAAACUACAGCAUGGACUCAGGGACAAACUAAUCUGCUGGGGUCUUUAAAAAUGUCUUUUUCCCAGGCUUCUCUGUUAGAAUGUGGGGUUUGGUUCUGGGAUGCUGGCACAUGGGCCUGUGGCAGCAUGUGGUGGUGGCAGGAGCUGCAGGAUGCUCUGACACUCCUGUGUGGAAAAGCAAUUGUGGCCAUUCAUGGUGAGAUCAUUUCUGGGCUGCAGCCACCCUUCAUUUGUUCAUGCCCUUAAAAUUCACCUUUAUGGCUGAAUGUGGCCGGUCCCUUUUCAGACUGGCUUGUGAACAACCAGAUACGGAUUUUCAGCACUGAGCCUCCGAGGGUCUGAGAGGUGCAGCAGAGCUGUGUGUUACAGCCUGACCCACCACAUCACUGGGAUCAGGAGACAGCCAGGAUAGGGGAAGCCAUCGAAAUGAUCACCUGGAGAAAUGGUGAUGCAGGCAACUGAAAGAAAUUUUUGUAUUUCUUGCAAUGAAAGCAUAAAAAGGGGAAGAACACCCUGUGGAGAGAUCUGGGCAAAUCCCUGUUCAGUAGCUGCCAGCUUUGCUGGGCAGCGUGUCGGUGCCGGGCUCAGACACCUGAGCUGGCUCAGCCCCAGCUCAGCUUCCCAGCCCCGUACUGGACUCACAGGCUCGGGGGCAGCAGAGCACUGGGACAGGCUGGGGCAGUGCUCUCAGCGAUGGCUGGAGCUCGUGAGACUCCUUAUGGGGGACAGAAUCUUCUCACCACCGAUGGCUCCUGUGGUGCAGAGAUCUUCUCCAAGUAAGAUUUGCAUCUGAUUGCCUGGUUCUGCUCUGGCUGCCCUGUCCCAGCAUGAGGGAUGAACCCCCAAAGUGUGAUGGGACCAGGAGGGACAGUCCUGCUGGAGAAGUGCCACUCUUGGGACGCAUCAGGGCCCCCAGGGCCCCAAGGCCGUGUUUGCUGCACUGGGCAAGGACAGGCUGUGGCCAUAGCACACUCAGGACCCCUCACUGGCAGCCACUGCCAAGUUCUCACACUGAAUUCUGGCUCUUGCUUGGCACUGCAAGGCUGGAGGGAUGCCAGGGGAGUAGGGGCAAAAGUCCUCCUCACCUGUUGCUCUGAAACUUGCAUUCACAAAUGCUCUUUCUAAGAAACUCUGCUCCAAAAGCUUGGUCUGGAAGGAAAACAAUUCUUUCCAUGGCAGUCCAUGUUUCCUUCUCAUUGUGGAUCACAUAAAUGCAUGGCUCAUCCCAAACAUCACUGCUGUGGGAAUAUUCUUUCUUUAGGUGUGUUUCUAAUCAAUAAUUUUACAUGUACAUCAUAGUACUACUUUUUCCUCUUCUAUUCAGCUCUACUGGGGGGAGCAAAAUAACCCACUUAGAUGUCUUACCACACCAGCAAGAAAAAAAAAAGAUGAAAAAAUACUCCAAUGCGGUUCCAAGCUUGAGUCCCACAGCUUUGCAGUUGCCCCUCUGGAUCAGUAUCAAUUCCAUUGCCCUGCAUAAAGUGGAAAUUAAACUUCGUGUGAAUUUAUUGAAAAACAAGCGAGUCUCCAAAGAUCAAACAUCUAAUAAUUAGGAAAAAGUAAGAAGACAUAGGUCACCUCAAGUCAAGAGAAAUGGUUCUCAGCAUAUCUCAGAAGGCCACGCUAAGCCCCACCGCCCUGGGAAUGGCUGGUGGCAGUCCUUGAGUCUUCCUGAGUCUCUGGGUUAAAACAAGAGGCCAUCCAUGUCCAGCUGGUGCUCUGGGGACUCUAGCCACCAGGGAUCGUCAGCUGCCACCACUCCCAGCCUCCAGUUUGCUGCUCCUCCUUCGCUGCAUGCACUCAGCAAUAGCUGCUGGUGGCAGAGGGAAAGCACCAGCAGCCCAGCAUCCCCCCAGCUUCUCAGAGCUUCCCCCCAAGCCCUUCUCCACCACUGGACUGUGGUGACCUCCUCAGCACAGCUGCUGGCAGGGACCAGAGCCUGAGGAGGGACAACCCAUGGCAUUGGCAGCCCCUCCCUCCCUCCGUUUCUCCCAGGUGACUGCCACAGGCAGACCCACCAGGGACAGGAAUGGGCUUUCAAAGGGGCUGAUCCCCCUCAGGGCUUGUCUUCUUCAAGGUGGAGCUUUCCAUCUCUCAGAUCUGCUCCAUACAAAGUCAAUAAUCUCCUGUUGUCCUCAUGGGCUCCGUCCUCGUCCCAUUCCCAUUGCUGGAGCGGCUGCCACAGUUUUCCUGAAUGUGGCUGUAGGAGCUGGAUGCAGCUGUGGGAAAGGCUCUGCCUGCCUGAAGAAUCCCUUCUUUGCUGGGAGGUGUCCUCAGACCUAUUGGAGAUGCCACCUUCUCCUUGCUCAUCUCCAGGAUCCCAGAGCACUCACCAGCCGUGGGCUCUGGACAGCUGGACGUGGUUGGGCAGGUUCCCUGUUCCAUCCUCCAUCAAUGCAUUUCCAUCAGCCUUUCUUUUUCUUCUUGAAAAGUUCUGAGUCAUUGACUAAACCCAUGACCAUAAUGAGGAUGAUGAGCAAAGGUGGCUCUGACGUGUGAUCGUCGUUUCAGUUCUUCUAUGCAGAGUGGGGGCACCCAGGUGUGUUCCCUGACACCUGGGUGACACCUCCUGGGCUGGCAAGGGAGUUGCUUUACCAACCCCAUAUUUUAUGCAGGGGUGCUGCCCCAUGCACCAGAGCACAAAAAGAGCUGCAAAGCUUUGAUUCUGUUGUAGCUAAACCUGAAAAUCCUUCUGCCUUCCACUCUGACCCUAUUUCAUUACAUGGUGGCAGGGGGAAGAUUUUAUUCUCUGCAAAUGGAGGUGAAAACAGCGCAGUAAAUUCCACGUGUAGCUUAAAAAUGGGAUGCACAGGGGGACCCAAAGCUCCUCUGCUCUUUUGCAUUCACCUCACGUACCCUUGCUGGGGAGACAUGAGCAGCUGUGCCCAAGUCUCAAUUGCUAUCCUUAGCUUUAUGCUUCAGGAAGUCUGGGGAUCAGGAAGCAGCACCAGGUGUAGCAGUGAACCAGUAAAAUCUCCUCUUGUGUCAGAACUGUGCUUGUACAGAGCCACCGAGCACUGCAAUAUUCUAUCUGUAUGUGUACACCCCUGGCAUCUGCUUGGAAAACUCAUGGCCACACGUGACCCUCUCCCAUGAGGGACUGCCUGUACACGUGCCUUCACCCUUUCUCAUCGUUUGGCAUCUUUUUUUAACAGAAUUACAGAACUUGAAUAAAUCACUGAACUGCAGUUACAAGUCCUAUGCAAGAGGCGACCAGGGAGUCAGUUUUUGAUAUUUCUGUGUUUCUCUGUUGUUUUCAAAGUCACUCGGGGGUUUUUCAGAGAGGCCCAAGAGAAUGAAUGCUCCGUUUAGCAUUUUGGAUAUACUAAAUCUCUUCGGCAGCUUUGAAGAGCUCUAAACCCCAGUUGCUCACCGGGCCACAUUUGGAGAGCAAGCAGGAGCAGCAGGACAGACGGGCACCAGGACAGAUGGCUGUUCCAUGGUUGGAAAGGUUGCCUUAAGCCUUCCCUAAAAUGCCCCAGAGAAUGUUCGGGUGCCCUCCCGCCCUGUGCCCAGGGCAGCCUGGGCAGAGCAGCUCCCACCCCGGGCCGGACGCCUUAUACGUGGCACAGCCGCCACUGGGGAUCCCGGAGAAGAGGGAAAAAACAGCCCCACGUUUUCUACAUCACCUGUGCUGUAGGACUGAGACCUCGUCUGGAACUGAAGCUAACAAAAUCCGUCCUUUUUGUGUGUUUUGUGUUCAGUUGGUGUAAGCAGGGCUCGUAGGGAAGGGGUGUCUCCUCCUUGUAGGACACUGUGUAAACAUUUGCCCUGUGUGGACUGCCUGGGAUAUAUUGUGUAGUGUGCCUGUGUGUGUGUAACCUGGUUUUGGUUGUUAGGUUGUAAUACUGUCUCUUGACUGAAAAAACCCCUCUAAUAUAAAGAAAAAUCCCAAGAAAUAAUAAAUAUAUAUAUAUAUAUAUAUUUAAAA